AUGAAACAACACACUCAACAAUUAGUACUUCUCGCGAUCGGUCUCUCUUCCAUCUUUAUUCUCUCCAUUGUUGGAAUUUUGUAUAAUCUCAAUGAAGUUUCCAUUUAUAAACUUGAGAAUACUUCUCCGUGGAUCAUUCAUACCGAUAUUUCUGUCAAUCAUUUCAUUUCCAUGGCACUUUGUAUUCGACAAUCGAAAAUUGGAAGUAUUAAAAGUGUCGUGACCACUUCGAGUGAUUUACAAAAUUUAAAUGGAGACACUGGAGAAGAAUUAACAUUUUUGAAAAAGUUACAGGACUCGACGUUUGAGAAAACAGUUUAUAACAUUUCCGAUAUUUGGAAAAUGUAUUUUAAUAAGAGGAGAGAGUAUAGACCGAGUCGAUCGAAUGGGUUGUUGAAUCGAACCAUGUUAAUGAAAGGCAUUGAAUUUCAAAAUUCACAACAACAAGAAUUUUCCAAACGAGAAGCACUCUCUACCAAACGAAAUUUAUUACAUGAUUUUGUAGAGAAUGUGUUGAAAAAUCGAACGGGUAGAUUUGAUGUGAAUAUUACAUUUUUAAAUUCUGACGUGGUCGUUGAAGAAACUGUGAAUAUUUUUGAAAACAUUUCCAUGAAUAAUAAUAAUAACAAUGAAGGUAAUAACCAAUUACCCAUCUCGUUUUUGAUAUUAGGCCCAUUGACAACUCUCUCUCGAACUCUGAAUGAAAUGACCAAAACACCAGACUUGUUCCAACAUGUGAAGAAAAUUGUCAUUUAUGGAGGAACUAUAAAUUCCACAUUGGGUGAAUAUAAUUUAGGAGUGGAUUCGGUAGCGAGAAAGAAUGUAUUUGACAUGUCUCGGAACUAUUUGAAUGGUAAAAUUUAUUUAUUUCCAAAAGAUGCUGUUGAAAAGACACCUCUCACAGAUCCCAAAUUAUUAAGAUUUUCAAUUCUCUUUAAAGAUGCCUGUGAACGAAAAUUAAUGAACAAAAUCAAAGAGGAUCCCACGUUUGAAAUUCCAUUCUUGUAUGAAGUGAUUCAUUGGUGGCUGAAUACAUUUAAUGAAACAAGAUCUCAACUUACGAAUGAAUAUUUAGCGGAAGAGAUGAUCUUUAAUCAUGAAGUGGUGGUAUCCUCUGUGUUGUGGAUGGACGAUCAAGUCACUACUUUUAAUGAGAGACAUGUUGAAUUUGAUGAAACUGUUCCUGGAUUGUUUAAAAUACUUCAACAACCUUCUCGAAAGUCCUACUCUGUGAAAAUGAUUCAAAAAGUGGAUUGGUACAAGUACUUUGGUUUACUACUUCAUCGAUGUGCGUAUUUCUAG